GUAAUCGAUGAUAAUGUUUUAACAAAACGUCAAAUGACACAAUGUGCACGUCUGGAGCGUGAGAGAUCGGAAUGUUUUCCAAGUAAGUCUACUCCUGUGCCUGCACAAAUUCCUAUGCCUACACAAAUUCCUAAGUUUCUAGCAGAACAAGCUAUUCAAUCAAAUGUCUCUGGGUCAUCAUCUUUGCCGACAAUGCUUCGAGAAAAUCCUCCACAUAAUCUUUAA